ACAUCCACUUUCUUCUGCAGAGCACCCGCUGCUGUGUGAGAAGCAGAGACUUUGCGACAAUUCGAGGUUUCUGAGCCCAGCUUCGGCCCCAGCUGCAAGUCGCAUCUGGAAGGAUGCACUUCCUUCUCAUCCUCUGCUUCUUGGCCUCCUACAUAACUCUGGGGUUGUCUUUGUCAUGUGAGACUUGCAUCGCCUUUAUGGAUACCUGCACUGGAAAUUGGGAAACUUGUCCCCCUGAGAAGAAUUCUUGUAGCUUCAUCCAGAUGGAAGCCUCAGGGCUUAUGCAGGUAAAGAGUUUUAUGAAGACCUGCAUCAGAUCAAGAGACUGCGAAGAACUCCCCUAUUCUCUUAACCUGGGCAGGGCAGGACAGAUGCUCACCCGGAUUACCUGCUGCACAGGAGAUGAGUGCCAGAAGAGUCCUCCUGCCUUGCCACCCAUAAACACGACCCCCAAUGGGAGGAAAUGCCCGUCUUGCUACCUUGUGCACAGUCACGAAUGUAAAGAGGAAAUGGCGGAAUGUGCUGGAGAUGAGAACUAUUGCUUUGAGGUCUUUGGAACUGCAAACAUUGGAGGAGCGGUCGCGGAUAUGGUCAUGAAGGGCUGCACCAGCAAAACUUCCUGUAACAGAACGCUGGAUAGUGAUUCGUUAGGAGCAUUCCAGUUUGUCUCCAAAAGCUCUUGUACACCAGCACUGGGGGCGGCCAGCUCUGUGCAGGCCUCCUUUGGACUCCUCCUCCAAGCCUUCAUGGGACUUCUCCUUCUGAAGGCUCUCAGCUGAUCUCUUUUCCCCAGACGGAGAUCCAGGGAACCCGCUUGAGCAAUUAGCGCUUGUUUGCGACCUGCUAUGUCAAAUAUAAACCACGCUUUGUCAAAUAUAAA